AUGGAGCAUAUGGCAAACGACGCCUACUCCUCUGACAACAGAGGGACACAAAUAACUCCAAAUGAACGACAGCUUGAAGGAGAUGCUUCUGAGCCAGGCGCUAUAGAAGAAAGCAACGCUCCUGACACUGAUAAUCAUGAAAACGAGACUGAUAUGCUUGUGCGUCGAAUUUCGAGUCUUCCGCCCAUGCCACAGUCGCACAACUCAGCAGCAGCUCCGGCCUCUGCACAUGGAGGCCACCAACAAAUGCAGCGGCAACAAGAGGAAGACAACGACUCAGGAGAUGUAGAGCAGAGGCGUGCAUUGGAGUUGCUCCGGUCUGUCGAUGAAGAUGGCGACAACGGAGGGCAAGUCAUUGUGUGCUCGGCCCCUGGUGAAACCAAAGACCUCACGCCCCUUGCUACUAGCUCAGCAAAUGCUUCAGGGGGUGAUGGUGCUCAACAGUACUUAACCUACGGGGGCCCUGGUUCCAUAGAAGAAACUUCAACGCAACCAGCACAAAGGGGUGCAGGCUCCUCAACAGGGGCGGUUGCAGACACGGCGCCAGCUGAUGCAGUAGCAAACCUUCCUGCAGACGAUUCUUAUAUAGCUCAGCUAACCAUGAGAGCACUUGAACACGAGCGCGAAGACGUGCUGAAGGUGAAGAACACCGGGAGGGACAACAACAAUCGCAGCUUUAGCACUCAAGCAUAA